AUGCUCCAGGCACUCCCAGGACCCCCAACCACACUGCUCCAGGCACUCCCCAGGAUCCCCACCACAGCACACUGCUCCAAGGCACUCCCCAGGCACCACCCAACAGCACCACUGCUACAGGCACUCCCCAGGAUCCCCACCAGCACCACUGCCCCGCACACACCCCAGGACCACCCCACACACCACUGCCCCCAGGCACUCCCCAGGAACACCCACAGCCACACUGCUCACAGGCACUCCCAGGACCCACCCACAGCACACUGCUCACAGCAUCCCAGGACCCCACCAGCCACGUCCCAACACCACCAAGGAUCCCACAGCACCACUGCUCCAGGCACUCCCAGACCUUCCAACAGCACCACUGCCUCAGGCACUCCCCAGGACCCCCCAAAAACUCCCCAGGACCUCCCCAACAGCAAACUACCCCAGGCACCACCAAGACCACCACCAGCACCACUGCUCAAAGGCACCCCCUAG